UGGCGUUCCUUCCGGACGACGAGAUGGCGGCGUUUAAGGCGGCGCUGUUGUUUGUGGACGAGUUUGCAGACGGGAGAGGCGCCGCACCCGCCCCCGCGCAGCCAUUGGAGGUGCUGAAUAAACAGGAAAUGGAGUGGGCGCUAAGCUUGCCUUCGUCUUCCAAGGACUCACCCAGCUCGUCGUCGUCAGUGGCGUCUCCACAGCCCAACAGCGAGAACCACCACACCACAACUGAUGAGGACGGUUCACCUCGUUGCGUGGGGAGCGAGAAGCCCAAACGCACUCGAGCGCCGCGACGCCAGACCGUCAAGAAGCUGCUGCGCAAGAGUUGGGUAACUGGCGACUCCAAUCGGGCCAGGAACGAACGCCGCAUUGAGGUGGCUUAUCUUAAGGAGAAGGUUGCUCAGCUUGAGGCAGAACUGGAGAGUUUGCAGCAUCACCGAGCCUCCACGAAGCUGAUCAAGCAGGACGAACACGAUGAUUCAACUUCGGGACACGAAGGCGCAAUGUCGGUUGCUGAUCAGUCAGUCUGGAAACCAGUAGCUCAACAGCAACGCAAACGCAGAGAGAAAGCGGAGAUUGAAAAUGCGCGCUUGAAACUGGUGCUGGAGAGUCAACUUAAGGCUGCCAAAAGCAUGCAAAUGCUGCUACUGAAGCGAGCAAAGAACCAGUUAAUGGAGUGUGCACGGACUGUAACACCUGAUACCACCGAUUUCGCGGCUGGCCGUAUGGUAAACUAUCAUUCGGAUCUCGGCGACUUUGAGGAUAUGCUGGUUAUUCUUGAAGGAGCUUAUCGCGAGAUGGAUGCUGUAUUCUGCACAAAUGGUCUGGACUCGAUGGAGGUCACAUACAAAGAUACUCAAAUCCGCGAGGGAGACGAUGGUAUUUAUCUGGACGUAUUCUCAAACAAAGUGCUUCCUUUCGAUCUGGACACCACUGCUAAGGCAGUGUGGGACCAUUUCAAAGGUGCUGACAAGCACCGAGGCAAGGUGUACGAAAAGACUGCAAAGAUUUUGGAUGAAUCCGAUACGAUUGUCGAGAAUUUUGCGAAAGAAAUGUACGUCGGCUCGACGCACGCCAUGUUCCGUGUGAAGCAAGUUUUGCGUCGCUACGUGGAGAAGGAUCGUGUGGUGGUGGUGUUCAUCUCGAUCAAGACGCCUUUGGAAGUGGUGGAUGAGCCUUUUGCAGGCCUCACGCACCGUCACCAAUGUUAUGCUGUGGCUAAGCGCUCAUCGGUGUCCCCAUCACAAGCUGCUGGUCCGCGGUGUCUACUGCAGAUGUGUUCGCUGGUGUCGCUUGAGCAUGGACAAGAACAGCCGGAGAACGACUCUCCAGUCAUGGGAGCCAUGACCAAGUUUAUGAUGGGUGCUGCUGCUAACAGCAUCACGGCCAGCCAGGAGCUCAUCGAAAACGCGCUCAUGGACCAGGCAGUUAAAAACCCGGUCGGUUAA